AUGUUCUUCUUCGUCUUCUUUCAACGCCCGCCUCCCACACAGACUGCUCCAGGGAAGCCCAUUCUGAUCACCCCGAAGGUCGCGAACGACUUGCGCACCGAAGACUUUCCGGGCGGAGAAGAGCUCUACUACGCGUGGUCGCUUGCCGGCCCCUCCCUGGACUCUGGCGCGGAACCGUACCCGUCGCUCGCCGCACCUCAAAAGCUCACAACGUGGAGGGCGGGAAACUACAAGGAGCUCCCCGUGCCGUUCCCACCCCGGGCCCACGAUGGGCAGUCGUACCGGCUCCUGCUCACGACACGCCCCCAUCCGCGCGCGCAUAUAAUCAACCUGGCCGCGCGAGACGUCGGCUCGCGGCCGAUGCCCGUCAUGUCGAUGCCGAUCCGGCUCGACGGGCGUGCGCGGCCUGGCCAAGCGGAGAAGCAGCAGGAGAUUGAGCGAGUGUACCGCGUGCCUCUGGGGCCGGACAAAGACGGGUUCUUGAAGAUCCGCGAGCAGACGUCGUAUGACCUGGACAAGAAAGUGUGGGAUAGCGGCAUCGGCCUCAGUUCUUGGCUCGUCGAGCUCGCGCAUAUAGCACCUGGAGAGGAUGGACAUUCCUUAGUGCAGCACGCGCGUGAUGUCCUCCUGUCUCCGCACAAGCGAAAUAUCGUCGAGUUGGGUGCGGGGACAGGGAUAGUUUCCCUCACUCUCGGCGCGCUCAGAUCUGCGCGUACAACAGAUGAUGAAGGUAUUGUUUUGACAACAGAUCUAGAGUCAGCGCUUCCGCUUCUCACUCUCAAUGUCGCUGCCAACGACAUGCUGUUCUCAGCGGGAACCCGACCACGGCCUUUACCGCUCGACUGGGACAACGACCUUCCCGAAGAUGUACGUGCCAUUGAGGGCGGUUUUGAUGCGAUCAUCAUGGCCGAUGUGACAUACAACACGUCCUCGUUUCCUGCCCUCGUCAAAACACUCUCCUCCUUGUUGCAACUCAGUCCUCUGGAACGGCGGCCCACGCUGAUACUUGGGUACAAGGAGCGCGAUCCCGAUGAACGGGUGCUUUGGAAUAUGGCGAGGGAUGUUGGGGUGAUGCUCGAGAGAGUCGGCGAGAGAGCCGGAGCUGGGAGAGAACCAGUGGAGAUCUGGGUGGGGAGACUUGAGUGA